GCUUCAGUGUGCAUUAACUUGUGGGAUUAAAACCAAACACCGGGAAGUAUGAAAAUCCUCAUUGUGGGAGCAGGUCUUGGCGGCCUCGCGGCUGCGUACUGCUUUGCCAAGGAUGGCCACCAUGUUCAGGUCUUUGAGAAGCGGGGAAAUCUGUCGCCGAAGGGAAGUGGAUUGAUGAUUCGCCCUGGCGCGUCUCGCAUUCUUCAAUCCUGGGGUCUUGGAGACGCCAUUGAACAAGUUGCGGACACAUGUCUCCCGUUCUCCAUCCGAGACCUGAAGACCGGGAAGGAUAAGAUACGUACAUUACCAACAUCUCUCACCAAGUAUCCAGAUUGGGGCAUCCAUCGACCCAUUCUACAGGAUAUUUUCUACCAACAUGCUAUGAAAGUUGGGGCCGAGAUUACCUUCAACAGUGUCGUGGAAGACUUCUCAGAUGAACCAAACGAAAGUCCAAGCUUACAAUUUCGAGGCGGGAAAACAAUAGCUGGCGAUUUCAUCCUCAUUGCCGAUGGGAUUCGAUCACGCUUGCGUGCUAAAGUUUUGUUUGACAUAUCCGCGGGCUGGCUAGUGGAUCCGCAAGUCAACGACUCGGUAUUCUAUGGCGUAACAGUGCCACAGAAAGAACUACAAUCAGAUAGUGACGCCGUUGUCUUGCUACAGCAAGUCGAGCCAUGUGUUUGGGCAGGUGAUGAACGUUUUGUUGUUGGUCGAAAGCCCAGAAAAAGUGAGUUCUGGAGCGGAUUGUUCGGCCUCAAACAUGAUGAUGGCCAAGCCAGUAUGUGGAACGAGGAUGGGGAUAUCGUCUUUGUGAGGAAGCGUUUUGAGGGAAUCUGCCCUUCACUUUCUGCGGUUCUCAAGUUGGCGACCAAGUGCGACAGAUGGAAAAUUGCCCAAAUGCCAAAUCUUCCUCGUUGGACGAGUAGGACUGGCAGAACCAUCUUAUUGGGUGACUCAGCCCAUGCAAUGGAGCCUAAUGCAGCACAGGGGUUAUCACAGAUUAUCGAGGAUAUUAGGGUAUUGCAAAUAUUGCUUCUGUCACUUCCUGGCUUGGAUGUCUCAGUGAUAAGUAGAUUCUGGGAAGAUAUCCGAAAGCCUCGAGUUGAACGCAUCAAGUCCUAUGCUGCUUGGAACACGCGAAGGUUUCUCGGGCACAAAGAUCGUGCGGCCUCGCAUCAGAAAUAUGCUGAUGCCGAUUGGGAGUCCAUCAAAGAUAUUGAACCAGAUUCUGCUGCGGAUUUUACAAGUCCUGCAUUUUUUAAGUGGGCUCACGACUAUGAUGCCGUUGAACAAACCAGAAAAUACUUACAGAAAAUCAACAAAGCAAGCUCGAGACUGUAAUGAGUUCCGGUGAUAUAUGCUAUUUGACAAUGGAUAUAAAAACACAAAGCUUCAUGGAACAGUACAGUUGACUUCCUGCUGCCGUUUUCGCCAGAGACAACAAUGGUAACAUGACUUGGGAUUGAGAGCGUAUGGCAAAAGAGGCCGAUACUCUUGCCACGAGCGGUGAUGCUAGAUGUAACUUCCAGCUCCUCUGCAUAGAACAGCCAAG